AUGAGCUCAAUGAAUCGCAAAGCCUCCUUGACAAUACCAAGGCUGAAUUGGCAAAGAAGAAUGAUGAAUUGGAAUCCUGAACAGUUUCGACUUACUAUAGCUGCGAUCACAAACUCAAUGAAGAGAGCGUUUGUUAACUUUGGCCUUGAACCACCGGUAAGUGGAGAUCCAAAAUCUGUGCUGAAGUUUCUCGAGAUGUUACAUGAUUUGAUCCUUCACAAAGAAUUCUGGAUGUUAGAUGAUCAAAACCUUCAAAAAGAAUUCGAUACCACUUUCUUAGUAGCUGUGAAUGGGAUACUUGCCUCCAUUGCGAGUAUAUUUGAGAAACGCAUUGGCUUAAGCAUUGGCAUGGAAACGAAUAGUCCGAGUACUCGAGCCCGUCUCAUUGAUAAUCUACUUACCUUGAGAGGCUUUAUGGUGGAUUCCCACUUCUUUAUCGAUGGCAGUGUUAUAGUCAAGGAUUUCCGUCUGAUGAACGAGGACGACCUCAUAGUUAUCUUUCGAGAUUCUGCAGCAGAAGUGGCUGAGCUCAAACAAAAGGAGAUAGGUGCCAAAUCAAUCGAUAACAUCGACGGAAAGUCCAUCUUCUACGGUUAUUUCAACAUUCCUACGGUCGGGAUGUUCAAGGGUGUUUUGACUAGAAUUCAUGUGAACCUGCCAGAUGAGAUCAUGGUGAAACUUCGAGUAGGCGGAAAACAUAACCUUAAUGACAAAAGGUUUUGGUUUGUCCAUGCAAAUGGAUCAGAUAUUUUUGAAAAGGGACCUCGAAGUCUUGAAUCAAUGACAGAGAAUCUAGAACUUGUCAAAUUCUCCCCUUCUCGGGUCUUAGGUGACCCGACCAACUUCUUUGAGUUUCUCCGUAGGAUGAAUCGCAUAUUUGUUAAUAAGAAAGGAACAUAUCUCAAGUUUGACUUUAUUGCUACCAAUUUCACAGAACCGCGGUAUGUUUUUCACAAUUCAGUUGCCUAUAUUGAUAAGGAUCUUACAAUGUCUGAGCCUUUCAAGUUGGUGCAAUUUGAUGUGAAUACACGUGGAACAGAUAUUGAACAACGAAGAGUUUUAUUACCUAGCGGAGAAGGACGUAAGCUUACAUCUAAUGCCACAGAGUGGAUUGUAAAUGGAGCUCUGGGUAACGAUUGUGCUUUUACAUUCAAAGAUUUUUGUUUUAUUGGGAAAAUAACGAAAGUCUUGGAUACUUUCCGCGACAAUGCUCUGGUCAGCGUAUUCUUUGAACAAACCCAGCACGGAGAGAAUUGUUAUGUCGACGCUGUAGCAACAACUUUCUUUGUUUUAAAUACUGAGGAAAUUCCACUGUGGAAAACUGUUGGUAAGGUGGCUCCGAAAUUUAUUUCGUAGGGUUUGUAGUUUUUUCUAUGUAACCUAA